CUUUCGAUUUCUCAGCAACACUCCCUUUCCCCUCUGCACACAAAUACAGCAGCAAAAGUGAAAGAGGACUUAUUACAAAAGAAGAGCUGCACAUCCAGAAGAGCAGAGAGAGAGAGAAACACACACACAUCUUAAAUUUACUCUAACCUUCAACAAAGGGUCAAACAUGGGAUCAACUCCAUCCAAACCUGAAUUUGUCACAGUCUUGGCUAAGCAGCAAGUUCCACAUGGGCAACAUUUUAUUCUAUCCUGUGAGGCAAACACAGAAUAUGUAACAGUCUCAUGGCAAAAGGAUGGCCAAAAAUUGGAUUGUGUUGAGGGCAAGCACAAAGUGAGACAACUUGGUACAAAAUGUGUUUUGGAAAUUUCAAAGGCUGAGGACGCUGAUGAAGGAAAUUACACCAUAACCCUGAGCAACAGUUCAGGUUCUGCCUCAUGCUCUGCCCUUGUCAGAAUCAUUAUAAAAGAAUGGAGGACAGUGCAAUGGGGACAAAACAGAAUAAAUUCUCUCAAGACAUUUCAGAUUUGUAAUAAAGUUGAAGAGCUCCGCUUCCUCCUCUAUGGACCAGUUGGAGUAGGAAAGUCCAGCAUCAUAAACACCAUCAGAACCAUUUUUGAAGGACGUCAGUUUGUCAACUGUCUGGCUGCUCCAGGAUCAACGACGAGUCAUACUCUAUGCUAUGAACAAUUUCGAUUUGCAAAUGAAGAAGGAUCGUUUCCUUUUGCCUUCAAUGAUAUAAUGGGUGCAGAAGAAGACUCUGGAGUCCUAACUCAAGAUAUCGUCAGUGCUUUAAAAGGUCAUAUGAAAGAGGGAUACACGUUCAACCCUCAAACUCCUUUGCCUAUAAACAACCAUUAUUACAAUCAAAAUCCCACCCUGAGUGAUCAGAUGCACUGCCUGGUGCUUGUCAUGCCAGCCGACAGGGUUUCAAUGCUAGCGGAUAAUUUUAUCAAAAAAAUGAAGAGCGUCAGAGAGGAAGCAAGCAGAAUGGGAAUUCCUCAAGUGGUUUUCAUGACAAGAGUAGACUGUGCAUGUCAGUUGACAAAGGAGGAUUUGCGAAACGUCUACAAAAGCAAAAAGAUCAGAGAGAAUAUGCAGAAAUAUGCUAAUGAACUGGGUGUGCCUGUGAACCGUAUCUUCCCUGUCUUGAACUAUCAUGAAGAAACCCAAGUGAAGGCAGAUAUAAACUGCCUGAUGCUCGAUGCCUUAGAACAGAUUAUAUACUGGGCUAAUGACUAUGUGGUCAAACAAACUUCACAACAACAAACAAAUUAUGAAUAAAGUAAUUUCACAUAAAAUGUGACAAGCAAUUCUGUAUGUUUAUUGCCUGUGAACUAUAUAGUGAACUGUUAUUCACUUUCAUCUAAUCCUUAAUGCAACUCACAAUGCAGCAUAUUUUAACACAUGAAAUGUAUAGUAUAUUCAUACUAUGAUCUAUAUUUUGAAAAGCAGUUUAUUGACUGUUACAGAUAACAUGCAUGCUUUGUAUAUAGUUUCAGAAUCCUUGCCUGUAUUUGGCUAAAUCUGAUGUAUUAUUCUUUAAUGUUUUAAUAAAACAAAAAAAAUG